GCAUUCAAUGCAUUCAAUACACACGAUCAUUGCAAAUACCAUAACAUAGUGUUUGCAGUUGAGCUCAACAUUGCAUUCAUAAUAACAUUCAAAGUAUGGCUUCAAGUCUUUACAAACAGAGGCUAUUAAAAUUUAACGAAUUGUUGGAAACGACUAAAGAUGAGGGCGAAGACACCACUAAUGGGGUAGUGAUUGACACGAGAAGUCUUCGGGAGCUGUGUUUCGAAGUCGGCUGUCCUGAUGACCAGAAACACAUCCGCUCUCUUGUGUGGAAAAUCCUUUUGGGAUAUUUGCCAUCAAAUAGAAGUGAAUGGAAGAGACAUUUAGAAGAGAAACGCAAACUCUAUAAACAGUUUGUAUCGGAACUCAUCAUAAGUGACUCAAACGGCGCUCAAUCACCCGAUGAUCACCCGUUAAACACAGCGCCAAACAGCCACUGGAAGAACUACUUCCGAGACAAUGAAGUCUUGUCGCAGAUAUACAAAGACGUGAGGCGUCUCUAUCCCGACAUAUCAUUCUUCCAGCAGAGAAUCGCUAAGACAUUCACAAACAAAGCCGCCAAUUGUGAUGUCAUUGGCCGUACGGCGAGUAAAGCCUACACUAUUGAUGUGAUUCGUAAUUGUUUUGGUGCCACAGAAGUCAGGGAUAAUCAGAGGAAAACCAACAGAACCGAUGAUAACGAAGAGGACUUCGAGUCCCCUAAAAGUUCAGACGGAGAAGAGUAUCACUGGCAAAUCGUGGCCAGACUUAAUCCCGGUCAGGGUUAUGUUCAGGGUAUGAAUGAGAUUAUUGGUCCUUUAUAUUAUGUGUUCGCUAAUGAUAAUCACGACGGAUGGAGUGACCAUUCAGAAGCGGACACUUUCUGGUGUUUUACGAGUUUGAUGAGUGAAAUCAGAGACAUUUACAACAGUCACGCAGAUUCUGAUCACUCGACCGGUAUUGUAAGCCUAAUGACUCGUUUGACAAGUCUGUUAUCGCGAGAAGACAGUGAUUUGUGCCAUAGAAUCACUUUAGUUCAGGCAAUAAAACCACAUUAUUAUGCAUUCCGAUGGCUAACUCUUCUCUUAUCGCAGGAGUUCCCACUGCCCGAUGUACUGAGACUUUGGGAUUUCCUGUUCGCUGAUGAAAAGCGAUUCAAUUUUCUACUUCAGACUUUGCUUCGUGAGGACCUAAUGAGUGGUGACUUUGCAUCCAAUAUGAAACUCUUGCAGAACUUUCCCGAACGCAUAGAUCUCAACCAAAUUAUCAAUAGAGCCAAACAAAUACAUAUUACUUGAGUUUUAUAUACAAAUUACAAUUUAAAGUAUUUUCCAUUUGUAUUCAAAUUGAAUUUAUGCAUAAUCUGCU